AUGACUUCCAUAAAAUCUGAACAAGCUUUAAAGCCCGAUCAUCCGGAAGUCAUUGAAUAUCUCUCUCUGGAAACUUAUCGUUGCAGAUUCCUGAAGACCUUCUACAGGGAGCUGGGCAAUCACGAUCCGACCCAUUUACCGCCAUGGGCAUCUCCGUUGCCGCUCGGCACUCUCUGUCCAGCGCGCUUUCAGCCGCAUUUGCAGCUGGUGCACAAGAGCGAACAGGAGCAUCGUCUCGAGAACAUCAAGCUCGACCAGAUCUUCGCCCCCGUCAGGCUGAGCGACGGUACCGUGUCCGAGGCGCCGCGACGCGUCGCCGUAGAGGGUGGCCCUGGUAGCGGACGAACCACUCUCUGCUUGCGAUUAUUGCACCAGUGGGCCACCCAGAACGACAGUCCCGCGCUGGCGUUUAUCGUACCGCUGCGCGAGCUUCGUGGCAGUCCCGUCCUGAAUUAUCUCGCGCGGGAAUUGUUCCCGAGAACGGCCGCGUUGGGUGACGCGGUCAGCCAGGUGUGGCGCACCUUGCACCUGAUGGAAGAUCGCGUGCUCUUCGUCCUCGACGGGUACGACGAGUGCGUAGGUGGACGAGCGUCGCUCGGUGACGCGGUUGAUCUGCUGGAAGGUCGACUUUUCCCUGACGCCAGAAUUCUGGUUACGUGCUCGCCCAGUAACUCGAUCGCCCUCGCGCCUCUGGUUCAGCGCAGGAUUCACUUGGCCGGUCUUGAGUGGCUUUACGUUGAGCGACUCUGCGUGGCCUACUUCAUUCACAACGACAUCGCCGAGAAGGCCUGCGAGUUUCUCGAAGCGCUUAAUGUGCAACCGCAGUCUGUACGCCAACUCGGCCAACAUCCGCUCGGCUGGAUCAUGCUUUGCUGUUUAUAUCAGGACUCCGGAAGCCUGCCGACCGAAACAAGCGCUCUCGUGCAAGCAGCGGUGAAGUGCAUUGUGAAGAGAAGCUUAGAGCCACCAAUUCCUUAUAACGAGGAGAUUCCGGGCCACUGCAGGAAACGUCUCGAGGACUUUGGCAAGGUGUCUCUGGCUGCGUUACGAGAAGGCAGGUGUUGUUACACGGAGGCCGAGCUGCGCGCACGUGGCGGCGGCAUCGAAGUCACUCGAUUUGGUUUUCUGACGAGAGGAUUGACUUUUGGUCAGAGACGCAAGACUGAACUUUACACGCCUAUCCACUUGGCAGUGGCUGAAUUUCUCGCGGCGUACUAUCUCACAUCAGUAGCGCAAUAUGCCAAUAUUUUACGUCGCGAAUUAGAAGGUUUGCCUUCAGGCAUUAUCGGUCAUCUAGCCGGUCUACUGGGCCCGAAGACACAUUUGAUCCUGAAUCAGUUGUGUCCGCUUGAAGUGCCACCUAGAACUGUGUUCUCGUUGCUGAAAGCGGCCGGGGCGUCUGACGGCAAUAUCUCGGCAGUCUGCAGACUGGUUGGAGCCGGUCCCGGCUUCGGACCCGCGCCCAACGAAAGACCCCCAGCUCCGCUGGUACAUACGUCUCCUCUGGAGUUAGAAGGAUGGGCCAGAAUUCUAGAAAGUUCUGCUUGCACGCUCGAAGCGCUCGAGGUGGUGUUCCAAGUGGAACGGGGAUCGGAUCCACGAUAUCUGGACGAUUUCUUUGACGCACUCGCCAGCAACGAGAGCGUUAAACUCGUCAGGAUCACGUCUUUGCUGGGACAGGAAUUUCCGGCGGACGAGGCGCAGCGACUGGCUGGACAUCUGAAGAGCGUACUCGGCAAGAAGAAACUCAACGACUUUGAGCUUGUCAUCACUUGUCUCGAGGAGGCGGCUCAUGACAGACUCGAGUGCGUGGUAAACGCUCUUUGUCGCGGCUUGAGUCACGCCUCCGCCAGCCUGUCACGUCUUGUGCUCGACAUGAAUCUGUCCGGCGAGCAAGUGUCCCGAGUCUGCGAGGCACUUCGCGGCUGCAUUCAAGUGCAGGCGUUGCACUUGCCCCAUUUAGGCUGCGGAUGCGAAGGCUUGGCCUCGGUGGCCGAACUACUGAAGGAGCGGCCGUUGUUGGCACUCAAUCUGGCUGGCAGUUGGGGCUCCAAGAAUGAGGAUCCGUCCAGCUCUGGCAUCAGUAUGGGUUCAGGUUCUGGUUCCGGCAGCAGCGGUUGCGCUUCUAGCACUCUUGGCACCCUCCCGUUAAAUCGCUGCUACUCAUCGUUGCCGAGAGGUGCGUUAGCGGCUUACGGUAGUCUUACGCGACCCGCAACCUUGCCUCGCCUUCCUCUGGGCCUAGGUCUGGGUCCGGCGCCCGGCACCGGCAAUGGGCCUCUGCCGCAAAAUGAUCGAGAUCGUGACAGCAACGGCAGCAGCAAGCGAAAUAGUGAUAGCGUCCUAUGUCAUCGACUACCUCUGUUGCAUCCUCUUCCGACUUGCGACGUCGCCAGUCAUCAAGGCACCGGCUUUCAUGAGAUAUUCAACGCCAUCAGAGAGCCAAACUGCAAACUCAGGUCUCUGAAUGUGUCAAAAUGUCUUUUGGGUGGCCUGGAUGCAGGGUGUUUGGGCGAGACCAUUAGACGAGCACGCAAUUUAGACGCUCUGAGAGCCGCUGGUGCAUCGAGACCAGCCGAUGUGAUGCCUCUCGUGUUGGCUCUCACGGAAGCGCCGUGUCUCCAGCUUCUAGAUCUGUCCAGUCCUCGACUGGCUCUGGACGAUCAUCCCUCGAGGUUAUUGUGCCACGCUCUGGCCAGGAACACAACUCUCAAGUUGCUCAGUCUGGAAGGAUGGACGUUUCGGAUAGAGGAAUCGGAUAGUUUAGCGGUAUUUUCCGAGUUGCUGAGAUACACGAGCGUGCGCGAGCUGAGUCUGUGCAAUGCGCGGUUGCAUUUAGCAGUGCACGAGGGUCCUUUAUCAAGAUUAGGACGUCGCGAUGACGCUGGCGCAGAGCUCCUGCGAGCUGCACCACCUCCAGCCUGUCCCGCGAUCGUUUUCCUGAGACUAGCCGGAUUCCAAGUGACAGUGAAUGAUCGCUUGGCACUGCGCGGGCCGUUGCUGUUGCCGUUUCUGGCGGGUUUUACGUCGUUGAGCGAGCUCGACCUGUCGCUGGAUAAGUCGACAAUUGGCGGCAACAGCGGCUCGCUGCUCUUCAUCGACGAUAAAAUCCUGCAGCAGUUCUUUUGCUGCUUAGCGGCGCACUUUCGUAGUCUGCAAUCGCUUAGGAUCAACUUCUGGCGAGUCACUCUGGAAGACAGCGAUCGGACGAUGCGACAGAUCGCCAAGUAUCUUAAAUUGUGCGGUUUGAGCUUCCUCAGGGCGAACGGACUGAUCGUCACGGACAGCGCAAAGCGGGUGCAGAUGGAACACGUGUUUAUACAAACGAUUCUCACGCACUUGCAAUAUCUCACCUGGCUGUGCCUGGACGGUGUCGAACUCACCGAGACACAGUCCACCAGUAUCGGCAAGUGCGUGCGCGAUCGUUUCCCUGGUACCACUCUGGAGAUCAGCGCCAAGGAUGUGCACGUGAGAUCAAUCAAGGCACUGGUGACCGCGGCCGAGGAUGGUGGCAGAACGGAAGUAGUGUACACCGGCGGUUCUAGUUGUCGCCUGAAGAUCACGAAAGUGCAGAAGAACGGCCGGGGCAAAAAGAAAUGAAUGAAAAUAUCUCGCGAGUAACAUAAUUUGGAGGAAGUUUAUUCUGGAAUGGUUCGUCGCAAAGCACGGAGAAAUAAAGAGUAGAUUGAGCGAGAUGGAUCAUUCUCUUCGUGAUAGAGACUGUAAAACUAAAAAAAAAAAAAAAUGAUAAAGAAGAUAAAAGGAAAUGAGUUGACGGAUUGUGCCGAGAAAGAUAUAGAAAAUCACAUGAAGAAAGAAAAAUUGAGGAAAUUAGAUAAGAGACGGAAGAUGUAGAUUUUCUAGAAAGAAUGAAUACCAGAGAAUAUAUCAGUUUCAGCCGCAUGAGGCAUAAGAGACAAAAGGUAGUACGGAAGAAUGAGAGAAGAAGAACGGGUUAAACUUUGUGGAUUUUUGUCUUACUGUGAUUUCAUUUCCUGCGCAUUGACGCGCUCAUCUACGAUAUAGAUUAUAGAUUAUAGCGAUUAUUAGCGAGAAUAAUUCGUUGGGACACAAUGGGAACUUAGGCGUUUUUCGCUCAUGUAAUGUCUUUAAAGAAACUAACAAAAUAUCGAAACGUGGUGUUAAUUAAUAAUACUAGAAAGUUACUUUGACUAUUUUGAAUUCUAACAAAGUAGAUGUCGUUUCUUUUUCUAUACGAUUUUUUAUGGAAACAAACUUUGCACUUUUAGACACAAAUUACCUGCAUCAUCAUCGCGUUCGUCUAAAAAAUUACAUUAUUAACAUAAUUCUACAAUCUUACGAUUCUAACGAGUGAACGAAAAUCGAAGUAUCCGUAUGUGAUUAACGAAGAAUCUUCUCGACGUUUUUCGAAAACAAAAAGAGAAGAGAGCGAAAAUACUUAUCGCGAAAUGAAAAAGAUAUUUAAAGAGAAAAAAAGAGGCUGUUGCGAUUACAUAAGUACCGUUCGUUGUUGUUAGAUGGAGAUGUAAGAUACGAUUCAGAGUAAUAUAUUAUUAGCGAUAUAUAGAUCACACGAUCGUCAUAUUAUUAAAUGUUACAACCGAUCGACAUUCGCGAUCGGUGAGAUGAUAGACCGAGAUGCGAUGGCUUUACCGAAGAGAGAGCGGCGCGUUGUUGGAGACUUGGAAAAAUUUUAUAGAAUAAAUUUUAAAUGGUAGCGCCACACACAGUAAAACAAAAACACAUAUAUACACGUGCGUGAAUGCGUGUUACGUGAAAAGAAAGUCGAAUACUCGUAAUUAAACAAUAAGAAGUAACGUAGGCAGGUACCAACGCCAACGCUAUUGUUGUAUAAAAUAAUUGAUUACUGUAAUUAAGAUAAACUGCCAAAAAAAAUCGUAUAAUAUUUGAAGAUCCACAUUUUUCCGUGUGUCCACAUUUAGCACUAAACUCUUUUGAAAGAUGUUAACUUUUAAUUUAAACGAAAAUAUAUCGUCUCCAACGUAAUCGCAGACAAAAGUUGACCGACUACGUUUAGCGCUGAAUGUGAACCGCAAACGCUAUAAUAUUCCUUAUCUAUGUCGCAAAGACGUUUUUUGCAAUCUUGUGACAAAUCCAAUAAAUCGCGUCUUGUGUGAGCCAAGAACGAUACAUUUACACAUGCAUGAUUUACGAUCGAUUGAUCGUGAUCAGUUGCACCAACGAUAACUGCCAUUCAACUGGAACCACCGAUAAAAAUAAAACAAAAGAGAACGAUCGGCCAAAUGCGGAAGAGUAUUUGUUGAUUUUUGAGUUUUGCCUUAAAUGGAGAACAGCACUUACACGAUAAUUCCCUCCGUUUUUCGUGUUUUUUUCCGAGAAAAUAUACAGACACACUACCAUCUCGCGCAAUUUUUUAUUAUCCACCUAGAUAUACGUAAGUGCUUCCGCUCAAGCGUGCGUACGAUGAAUUUUGUCAUUUUUAUAUAGUUUGCUAUGUACAUAAAAAUAUCUCUCUUCUCUCGAUUAUAUCGCGCGGCAUGACAGAGAAAUCCGCCGAUUUGUUAACAUUUGUGAACCUAUUUUAUGAAAAAACUAACAAUCUUAAUCUUCGCAAGACUGAACCUGAUGUCACACACACACACACACACACACACAAUUAAACGUACAUCUGCGUACAUACAUACAUACAUAUAUACAAGUAUACAUUGGUUAAGUGGCCGAGUGAACACUUGCGAGAUAAGCGCCCGAUAUAACUGCGUGUGGAAUCAACUUGAGUAGUUUUAUUAUAAAUAUUUAUGUAUUUAUAUAUAUGUGUACACAUAUCCUCUCCAAAUAAAUAUAAUAUGUGUUUGAAAAAACUUUACCUGGAUCAUUGCAAUUCAUGAGAAAAAAAUCUGAGCAUAAAUAUAUCACAACAUAAAUGUUAAAAAACAGAGAUUGUUAAAAGAUUA